UGCAUUCAAAUGCUCACACCUUCAAAUCGAUGGGAAUUAAUGGCGGCUCCAACUGCUCUCCUCCUUGGUUGGUGGCAGCAUUAACUCUUUCCCCACCCGUCCUCUUCUUCUUAAUGGCCUCUUGGAAAGCAGAGGAGAGCAGGGGAGUGAGCAGAGCAACGAUGGCCGGCGAGCACACGCUCCUGUCGACGGAGAUCGUAAACAGAGGUAUCGAGGCCUCUGGCCCCGACGCCGGCUCGCUUACCUUCUCAAUCAGGGUGCGGCGGCGGCUGCCGGACUUCCUCCAGUCGGUGAACCUCAAGUACGUCAAGCUGGGCUACCACUACCUCAUCAGCCACGCCGUGUACUUGACCACCAUCCCAGUGCUCGUGGUGGUGUUCAGCGCCGAGGUGGGCAGCUUGAGCAGGGAGGAGCUGUGGAGGAAGCUGUGGGAGGAGACGAGCUAUGACUUCGCCACCGUGCUCGCCUUCUUCGCCGUCCUGGCCUUCACUGUCGCCGUCUACUUCAUGUCCAAGCCGCGCCCCGUCUACCUCGUCGACUUCGCCUGCUACCGUCCCUCCGACGAGUUAAAGGUGUCGAACGAGGAGUUCAUGGAGCUGGCGAAGAAGUCGGGGAAGUUUGACGAGGAGAGCCUGGUUUUCCAGCGGCGGAUCCUCAAGUCGUCGGGGAUCGGCGACGAGACGUACAUGCCGCGGUCGCUGUUCGCGCCGGGCAAUUGCGCGACCAUGAAGGAGGGCCGGGCAGAGGCAUCGACGGCCAUGUUUGCCGUCCUGGACGAGCUCUUCGACAAGUGCCGUGUCCGCCCCAAGGACGUCGGCGUUCUCGUCGUCAACUGCAGCCUCUUCAACCCCACGCCGUCGCUCUCCGCCAUGAUCGUCAACCACUACAAGAUGCGAGGCAACAUCCUGAGCUACAACCUCGGUGGCAUGGGCUGCAGCGCCGGCGUCAUCGCCCUCGACCUCGCCCGCGACAUGCUGCAGGCAAACCCUAGCAACUACGCCGUCAUCGUCAGCACGGAGGCCGUCUCCUUCACCUGGUACACCGGCCGCAACCGCUCCAUGCUCAUCCCCAAUUGCUUCUUCCGCAUGGGCUGCUCCGCCGUGCUGCUCUCUAACCGCCGCCGCGACUUCCACCGCGCCAAGUACCGCCUUGAGCACAUUGUGAGGACUCACAAAGGCGCCGACGAACGGAGCUUCAGGUGCGUGUAUCAAGAGGAAGAUGAGGAAAGGAUCAAGGGUUUAUCGAUCAGCCGAGAUCUGAUGGAGGUGGGUGGGCACGCGCUGAAGGCGAACAUCACCACCCUCGGCCCCCUCGUCCUCCCAUUCUCGGAGCAGCUCCUCUUCUUCACGACGCUGCUCUACCGCCACUUCUUCCCCAAAUCGCCCGCCGCGGACGGCGGCGCCUCGGCAGCGGCCUCCAAGCCCUACAUCCCCGACUACAAGCUCGCCUUCGAGCACUUCUGCAUCCACGCGGCCAGCAAGGCGGUGCUGGACGCGCUGCAGCGGAACCUCGAGCUGGAGGACCGCCACAUGGACGCGGCGCGCGCGACGCUCCACCGCUUCGGCAACACCUCCAGCAGCAGCAUCUGGUACGAGCUCGCGUACCUGGAGGCGAAGGGGCACGUGCGCCGCGGCGACCGCGUCUGGCAGAUCGCCUUCGGCUCGGGCUUCAAGUGCAACAGCGCCGUCUGGAAGGCCAUGCGCCGGGUGCGGCGGCCGAUCAGAAGCCCCUGGCUCGGCUGCGUCGACCGCUACCCCAUCAAUGACUGCUAGGGUUUGCCAAAAAUGGCCUCUUUCCUCGCUCGCUUCUUGAGUCUGCUCUAGUUGCCUAAAAACCACCCUUCUCUUCCUCUUUGUUGUUUCAGUUGAUGUUUUUAACUGUUGUAACUGCCAUUUCACAUGUUCCCCCAUGUUGAAGAUUAUGAUUUAUCAAUUAGAUUGCUGGUAA